GAAUGGCCCUGGAAUGGAGACCACUGUGGGUUGGUGACGCCCGCAAACGCGCGCCAGUCAUCAAUCACAAACCCGCCCCCAUGAUAUCAAACGACAAAGCUAGGGCCGGGGCGCAGCAGGCAUUGAGACGAGAGCGCCAAUAAUCUCCAAUCUUCGCACCGACAACAUAAUCCAACCAACCAACUCCAAGCCCCGGCCUGCCAGAGCUUUGGCGUGUUUGCGAUCACCACCUCCACUCCGACCGCUACUGAGUCGUACUGGGAACUUUUUUUUUGUGCUUAUCUUUUAGUCCUUUUCCUCCGCACAUAUUCAAACAACCCAACUCACUGGCGCGUGUCCGGGGCCAUUCAACACCGCCACCGAGGGGAAGAGAGCAACCAACCUAACCAAUGCGUCGAUAGUGCCACACCUACCUUUACCUUCUCCCUUCCGGACGCCCCUCGAGUCCAAGAAACCGACAGCCAAACACAAAGCCACCAUGACGCGGCCGAGGCGCUCCUCCGCCGCGAGCGAGGACAGUACCUCGACGGCACGCGACCAAGAACUUGGGAGUAUGUACGACUAUCUGGCCAAGAUCAUCCUUCUCGGUCCCAGCGGGUCUGGAAAAUCCUGCGUCCUGCACCGCUUCGUUAAGAGCGAGUGGCGCAUCCUGUCGUCGCAGACCAUCGGUGUCGAGUUCGCGUCCAAGAUAAUCAAGGUCGGCACGGGCGCCCGGCGCAAGCGGAUAAAGCUGCAGCUCUGGGACACGGCCGGCACGGAGCGGUUCCGGUCCGUGUCCAGAUCCUACUACCGCGGCGCGGCCGGCGCCGUGCUCGUCUACGAUAUCACCUCCCACAACACCUUCUCGGCCCUCCCCGCCUUCCUCAACGACGCCCGCGCCCUCGCCUCCCCCAACUUGACACUCCUCCUGGCCGGCAACAAGCUGGACCUGACCCAGGACGGGCCCUCGACCUCGACCAACGACCUCCUGAUGGACGGCCACGGCACGCCCUACUCGGACUACUCGAUGCACCCGCCGCCCACGCCGUCGUCGCUGUCGUCGUCGCACGUGUCGGCCUCGUUCGCCUCGUCGUCGGUCGCGGCCGGGCUAGGGUCGCAGCUCCGCGCCUCGGUGGCGCCCGAGGGCCGCGAGGUGACGCCGGCCGAGGCGAACCGCUGGGCCAGCGCGGCGGGGAUCCCGGUCGCCGUCGAGGUGUCGGCCCUGACCGGCGAGGGCGUCGACGACGUGUUUGGGCGCCUGGCCCGCAUGAUCCUGACCAAGAUCGAGCUCGGCGAGAUCGACCCGGACGACCCCAUGAGCGGCAUCCAGUACGGCGACGCGGGGCCGUCGUGGGGCGGCGGCGGCGGCGGGAGCGACGUGGCCUCGAUAAAGAGCUCCAUGACGGUCGACGACCUGGGUGCCGGCGGCACCAGGAGACGAAGGGGUGCCGGCGGCAGGAACCGCAAGAGCGGCAUGGCACUGCGUGAGUGGGAGGAGGUCUUUACGCUCAGCAGAGGCCGGAGAGGAUCGGGGUGCUGUUAACCGAUUCAUUCCCCCGCGCCCUAACUGAAUCUUUGGUGGUUAUUUUUUUGUCCGGCUCUCUUUUCCCCUUUUUUUUCUCCUUCUCCCUCUGUGUGUCUCCUUCCCCGCCAUUCGCUUGCUUUGCGUGCUUGCUCCUCGUUUGUUCGAUCUUCUUUCUGGAUGUGAUACCUCGGGCCUGUAUCAGUGACCUCUGAUACAGGACCUUCAUUUGCAUUUCCCCCUUUCCUGCCUUUUCACCCAUAUACCUUGCUGCUCUUUAGUUCCUGGCCAUAUACAUAUGCAUAUUCAUGUCGCCGUCGACACCAGUGUCUUGCGGUAUUUUAGCAUCAGUCGCAUCAUCAUGUCUUUGUUCGUCACUUACUCCAUUUCGGACAUCAUAUCAGUUUCUCAAGCGAAUCCGGACGACGUUAACCGUUGAAUUGACUUAAAUGAUGGAAUUUGACGUGUAACAAGUCGUAUGGGACAGGACACGCGGCUACACCCUCACGAGCACAUCAGAAUCCCGAUAAGAUUUGUUUGCGACGACCGACUUUAUUACCAUGUCGGCA